AUGAAGAGCUUCAAAGCACUCCUUGGCUUCGACUGCCUCUUGCUACUUGCUUCUUGGGCAGCCUCGGCGAGCGCCGACGCCGACAACUCUACCGAUGCCCUGAUCACCUACGGCCAGUCAACCAUGAACGACACGUCGCCGUAUACCUACCACAAUUCCAUCUCUGCUUGGUACAACGACCUUCUGAAAGUGUCUCUGCAGCGAAAGGCUUGGCCGAUCGACAGCUACGCCGACGGCGACGACUUCGCGCCCAUCUUUGAGCUGCUCGAGGCCACCUACCCAAGCCAGACAGUCGCCGAGCUCGACGACGAUCAAUGGGCCGAGCCUUUCAACUUCAAAGGCAAAGAGUUGCUGCAGAUCGCAGAUGACCUCAAUGAGAAGAAACAAACCCAGAACGCCACAAACUACUACAUGAGGGCAGCUAAUGUCUUCCGAGUCGCCUAUUUCCCUUGGGUGCAUGAGCAGACGAGCCAGUCGAAGGCCAAGUUGUACGCCUGGAAGAUGGACAAGCGAGCCUUCAAACAUGCUCUAAACUCGAUGGACGCUUUUGACGUUUCGAAGUCCGGCGCAUCUCUCGGCGGUGACGAGAUCCUGGACAUCCCUCUACGUGUCUUCAAAGCAAAGAAUGCAGUCGGCACCCAGCCGGUCGUGGUGGUCAUCACCGGCCUAGACCACUAUCACACCUACAUGCUACCGCAGAUCACCGCCUUAACCUCAUACAACUUCACCGUCGUCACCGUCGCUAUGCCCGGAACCGCCGAUUCGCCUAUCACAGGCAAAGACUCCCUGGCUGAGGAAGAGUACUGGACGAGCAUCGUCGACUGGCUCACAAACAAUCCCGAGCUGUUCGACACCAGUUGCAUCAGCUUCUGGGGCAUCUCGAUGGGCUCAUACUGGGCAGUGCGCGUCUCCCGCGUUGAACGAUAUCGCGUCCGUAGGGUCGUCAGCCAGGGCACGGCGAGUCACUAUGCGUUUACGAGAACCUGGCUCGAAGCGGCGGAGAGGCUUUCCUAUCCAGCGAGCCUCCAACUGGCCUUGGCCCACGCCUUCGGGUACGUUGAUGCAGAAUCGUUCAAAGAGGACGUGGAGCAGUACUCGCUGCUGCAACAAGGCAUUCUUGACCAAGAUGCCACGACUCUGAUCGCCGUCAACGGGGAGAAGGACACCACCUUCCCGAUCGACGAUCAGCGCAUCCUAGCCGAACAUGGUCCAGGAGCCUUGCUGCGAUGGUUUCCCCACAUGGGCCACAACGGCGAGCCGCUGAGCAGCCCUUGGCUACUGGAUUUCUGGCAGCAGCGCAAUGCCUGUUGA